AUGCGGAGGCAGAAGGGGCAGCGCGCACAGUUGGCCUACGAGGCUUGCGCGUGCUACGAGGACAGGCUGUGCGGUGUGCGCAGGAAGCGUGCCUCGCGGGGCGCACAGGCCCCCGACCAGUCCGAGGGCGCGCCGUACCUGUCGCUCGACGGGCUGAGUGCGCAUGCACCGACGGACGCGGAGCCCAGCGGCUACGGAGGGGUGCAGAUCACCGUGAUGAGGCGGGCCUUGGCGCCGAGGAUCAAG